AUGAAACGAGGAAGAAAAACUAAUGAGGCCAACAGCAGUUCAUCUGAAGAGACAACUGAGAAAGAAUCCAAGAGGCACAAGGUUAUAGAUGAGAAAACCAUAGCUGUGCGGAGUCCUGACUGGGCAAACCUGCUUCAAGACAUUAUCCUGCAGGUGUUUCAGUACUUGCCCCUUCUGGAUCGUGCUCAUGCAUCGCAGGUCUGCCGAAGCUGGAACCAAGUGUUUCAUAUGCCUGAUCUCUGGAGGUGUUUUGAGUUUGAACUGAAUCAACCAGCUACGUCUUACUUGAGGGCUACGCAUCCUGAACUAAUCAAGCAAAUAAUAAAGAGGCAUUCCAAUCACCUGCAGUACGUAAGCUUCAAGGUGGACAGUAGCAAGGAAUCUGCAGAAGCAGCUUGUGAUAUUUUAUCACAGCUUGUGAAUUGCUCUCUGAAAACACUUGGGCUAAUUUCAACUGCCCGGCCAAGCUUCAUGGAUUUACCAAAGUCUCACUUUAUUUCUGCACUGACAGUGGUGUUUGUAAACUCCAAAUCCCUCUCUUCACUUAAGAUUGACGAUACACCAGUAGAUGAUCCAUCUCUCAAAGUGCUCGUGGCUAACAACAGUGACACGCUCAAACUGUUGAAAAUGAGCAGUUGUCCUCAUGUUUCUCCAGCUGGUAUCCUUUGCGUGGCUGACCAGUGUCACGGUUUACGUGAGUUGGCGCUGAACUACCACCUGCUGAGCGAUGAGCUUCUGCUUGCUCUGUCUUCUGAAAAACAUGUCAGGUUGGAACACUUGCGCAUUGAUGUCGUCAGUGAAAAUCCUGGACAGACUCAGUUCCACACGAUUCAGAAGAGCAGCUGGGACGCUUUCAUCAAGCAUUCUCCUAAAGUAAAUUUAGUAAUGUACUUCUUCUUGUAUGAAGAAGAAUUUGACCCAUUCUUUCGUUACGAAAUACCUGUCACUCACCUUUACUUUGGAAGAUCGGUAAGCAAAGACGUGCUCGGCCGCGUUGGGAUGACGUGCCCUCGCUUAGUUGAACUGGUGGUGUGCGCCAAUGGAUUACGGCCACUGGAUGAAGAGCUGAUCCGUAUCGCAGAACGUUGCAAGUAUCUGUCAGCCGUUGGGCUAGGAGAAUGUGAAGUCUCUUGCAGUGCCUUUGUUGAGUUUGUGAAGAUGUGUGGCGGUCGUCUCUCUCAGCUUUCUAUUAUGGAGGAAGUUUUGAUUCCUGAUCAGAAAUACAGCUUAGAGCAGAUUCACUGGGAAGUUUCAAAGCAUCUCGGUAGAGUCUGGUUCCCGGACAUGAUGCCCACCUGGUAAAGUCCUUAAAAGACUUCAGGGCGGAUGGAAUAGCACCUUAAACCCAAGCUUACCAUAUUGCAAUUUACUGUAUAAGCAUAUUUAAUGCUGUAGUUUUUACUGUAAGUUACUUCGUUGUUUGAUUAGAAAAUUAAUUUUUCAUUCAAAAAUGAUUUAUGAAAUCCAGAUUCAAAAACAGAAAUCACAGAUAGCACCAAAACCCGUUUUCAUCCAAACAAAAAUCUGUUUCUGUUUCAGAUUUGUUCUUUUU